AUGGCCGCAGUGGGAAAGAAAGCAAAGAAGGUACAUGAAACAAAUGCGGUAAUUGUUGAAAAAAACGAACAGGUGACGUAUGCCCAGAUGGUCACAAACCUGAAAAAACAGAUAGGAAACAAGAAUGACCUGAAGAACGAAAUAAAUGGAAUAAGGGAGACGAAGGAUGGACAUCUCCUCUUAGAAAUUAGGAAGGGUAGCAAAGAAACGGAAAGAGUAUACCAGACAAUAAAAGAUAACAUGAAGGAACAGAAUGUUAAGAAGUAUACGGGAGGAAGGCAAAAAGCCUCUGCAAACAUUUAUGGUUUGGACAUAGACGCCAAUGAAGCACAGAUAGAGGACACACUUAAAGAGACCGCGUCAUGUCAGAGAGACGAAAUAACUAUAAAGGCACUAAGGCCUUUGACGGAAGGCAGACAAGCAGCCACUAUCAUAGCCAGCGAAGAAAUAAUUAAAAAACUAAUACAGAUAAAGAGGGUCAAAAUCGGUUUCUCGAUGGAAGAUAUAAGAGAAAGAAACAUAAUAGUCAGGUGCAACAGAUGCUGGGAAAUAGGGCAUAUAGCGAGGGAGUGCUCCAAGGAGGACAGGAGUAAAAAAUGCAGAAAUUGCACCAAAGAAGACCAUAGAGUGAAAGACUGCAAACACAAUCCGUAUUGCCUCAAUUGUGAGAAGGAAGGACACCGGACAGCUAGCCAGAGAUGCGAGAAGGAAAGGGCAAAAGAACCAAAGCAGGCCUAA